AUGAUUUUCUUGGCUAGUCUCACAGGAGCAGGUUUUAGGAAGGACGAGUGGCUAACUCGAGGACAACUCGAUCGAGUCAAGAGCAAGCUCGAUCGAGUGAGCCGAACCCAGUCGAGUGGAGUGCUCCUGAUGGCCGUCUACCCAUCUCCAGACCACGACCUAGUCCUCCCAGUUCUUUGGGGGGCACUGAGGUCUUUUGGAGCAUUCUGGAGCAUAUGGGACAAGGAGCAUGGAGGGACUUGGCACAUGGAAGCAGCUCAACUGGAUACGCAAAGGAAGAAGGGAGAAGCCAUCUUGAAGACCAGCUCGACCGUCCACUCGACCAACCGGUCGAGUUCCUCAACUCGACCGGCCAAGCUUCAACUCGAUCGAGCUGAGAAGUCAAAGUCAAACCCGAAAAAUGCAGCUUGGGCGGUCAAGGAGCUUAAUUUCAAUCUUAAAACCGCAGCAGAGAGGCGCCUGAUCCAAUUGAACGAGCUUGAAGAGAUCCGACACCUGGCUUACGAGAACAGCCAGAUCUACAAGGAAAAGACCAAAGCGCUCCAUGAUAGAAACAUAGUGCCCAAGUCCUUUGCCGCGAAUGACCAGAUAAAAGAAGUCAAGCCAUAUGGAGCAGUGGUUCUUUGGGACCCUAGUGGAGGAGACUUCACCGUAUACGGUCAGAGGCUAAAACCAUACCUAGCCAACUCGGAAAAGGGAGUAGAGGAAAUCAUACCCUUGGCCGAUGCACCACAAGAAUAA